GUUACUUUCACAUUUGUACACGAACACAGUACACGAGUAUUAGAUGUAGCUUUGUGUUAUCGACUCAAGUUCUUUUUCCACUUUCAUAGAAGGUUUUCGUCAAACCGUAUUGUGGACUUUUCGUUCAUAUCCUCAUUUUUGUUAGACCAAAUAAAAUGGUCGCUCAGGAAUUUAUUGAUUUAUUCAAUACAAUAUCAUUAGCCCAGCGUUUUACAGUUGAAGAUUUUGCUGAUCGACUAAAUUUAUUUACUGUCAUCCUACUGUUGAUCACCUGUAUUGUUGUAUCAACAAAACAAUAUUUAUUAAAUUCUAUAUCAUGUUAUAUCCCUGUGAAACCAGCUGGAGAGAAUUUCAAUGAGUAUCUCGCUGAUUACUGUUGGGUACACGGGACAAUACCAUUGGGUGAGGAUGAAAAAAUGCCAACUACAGAUGCACAAUGGGAAGAGUAUGAUUCAACUAGAAGGAUAACGUAUUACCAGUGGGUACCGUUUGUCCUCGGCCUACAAUGUAUAUUUUUUUAUAUUCCACAUAUUGCAUGGCAAGCUGCAUGUGCUUGUCGUUCAGGGGGUGAUAUGUUCUCAUUAGUGAAAUCAGCAGCUGAGGCUGCUGUAUUAACACGUGAUGAUCGACAGAAAACAGUAUCUCGUGUUGCUGAAUUUGUUGAGGAUAUGAUUGAAUCGCAUAAAGAAUGCAGACGAGGAAGGCGCGCCAAAUUAGCCAAGCAAGCAGUUCGUAUCGGUGGGAUAUUUAUUGCUAGCAAACGACUCGGUACACGCUUGAUAUUUACUUAUUUAUGUGUCAAGCUUAUUACUAUCAUUAAUGCUGGAUUACAAAUAUUUCUUAUUCAACGAUUUUUGGGCUUUUAUUCAAAUGGCAGUGUUGGUAAGCGGAGUCUUCAACUUGGUAAAGAGUUUGAUCCGAAAGCAGUGAGCACUGUACCAUUUUCCGAAAAUGAAAACGUGGAAGGCUAUGGAUUUGGUCUAACUGUUGUCAAUCAUAUUCGUGCUGGACGUGAUUGGCCAGAAACGCUAUUAUUCCCUCGUGUUGCCUAUUGUCGUGUCCCAGGGAUUCGAUUAGUCGGCGUUAAAAAUGCAUACACCGCCCAAUGUGCCUUACCUAUAAACAUGUUGAAUGAGAAGAUAUACAUCUUUUUCUGGUUCUGGAUUGUCUUCCUUAUGAUCACAUGUAUAUUUAGCCUUAUUCUAUGGCUGGUACGUUUAAUAUUAGCACCAAAACGUAAAGAUUUUAUAAAACGAUAUCUCCGGCUAAAGGGAGUAACCACUGCAAAUGGUGAUGCUAUAAAACGUGAAGAUUUAGAUGAAUUUACUGACAACUAUCUAAGACCAGAUGGUGUAUUCAUUAUUCGAAUGUUAGCCUUGAACGCAGGCGAUGUAAUUACUGGCGAGAUUGUCACUGAAAUGUAUCGUAAUUUUAUAGAUCAUUAUGCUAAGGAACAUCAUCCACCAGAAAAAGAACAAGAACCGCUGGAUAAAGGAAAAAUUGGAUUCAAUAAUCUCGUUUAA